AGCUCAGCGGCGAAUGCGGUGUAAAGUGGACGGCACGGGCGCGCAAACGGACAAGAAGACACAAAAAAACUACACUACUUUUCGUUUUCAACACCUUGCCAUUUUGUGCAACCCGCUUGUACCAGGACUCUGUGAGGAUUUCCAGCUUUAAAACACCCUUCUGUGAACUAGUUUUCGUUUGACAUUUUGCCGGAUCUGUCGGAGUUUGCUGCACUGCGAGCCUCUCAAUAAACUGCAUUAUUCAUCUUUACCCACCGCUUUCGGCUCAUUUGUCUGCACCUUUCGCGAGGAUUUCCACGUUUCUAACAUGUACUCCGCUUUCUAUCCCGUGUGGCUCUUUGGAAACUGAUAUUUUAAACGUUUUAUCCAAGUUUUACGCAAGAACUAAGCUACUGUGGCUCGCUUUUUGUUCCAUGAAGGAUCCCUAUGUUCUUUCGGACUGACGAGUAUCCAGUGUUGCACCAAAUGGAAGCGGUAUUUCUUGAAUCUCUAAACCGCUGGUGCGCAACUUCGGGACGUUUUAAUUGGAUGCGUGUGCUUGGCUGAGACACAUACGCGCUCCCUCUUUCUCUCCCUCACCUCUCUUUAAACAUUAGUCGCUGUAUGUAGGGGCCACAAACUCCAAAGAAUGCGGGACAUUUUCAACUUGGAUUCACCGGCUGCGUUUUAAUUCUCGAUGUCAGUGCGCUUUCUUCUUCUUCCUCUUCUUCUUCUUCUCCACCUGCCCAAAUUCGUCUACCCAAUGCCUGCCAAUGGAUGUAGCGCAGCAGCGAUGGGGAAGCAACUCGCAGAGGGGUGAUCUCUCCAAACAAGAGGAACCCGUGAGCAAAAGACGCAUCGGGUGAAAUAGGACGCCAUCCUUCUUCUUCUUCUUCUUCUUCUUCUUCUUCUAAUUCUUCUUCUCCUUUUUCUUCUCCUUCCUCUUCUUCUUCUUCUUCUUCUUCUUCUUCUUCUUCUUCUUCUUCUUCUUCUUCUUCUUCUCCGCGCUCCCUUUCUCCUCCCAUGUUUUUUUGUUUCUUUAUACAUUUGUAAAAGACUGAUAGGAUACAGCGUUCAGCAGUCUGCAUGGAGAUAUAAACGGGGUUGCGUUCGCUCCUGUGCGCCAAAACCAGGACCAUGUCUCGUCUAUGCAGCUGCCCCACGUACCAGAGGGGACCUGCGCGCCUCGCCGUCUCUCAUUCGGGUCACUAAAUGGUUUUGUGGGGGAGGACUUGUAACCGGCGAGAUGCUGCUUGUACGACUGCUGGCAGCCCUGUUGUCCUGCGUCCCGGGCUCCCUCUCCUCCUCCCUGUCCUUCUCUCCUGCCUCUUUGGACAGCCCCACCAUGGCCGACCCCUCCUCCUCGGAGCUUAUGGCAGAGACAUGCUCCGUGUGUGCCUGCAUGUCCGUGGAAAACGUCCUCUACGUCAACUGUGAGAAGCUAACCGUGUACCGCCCGACGCAGCUAAUCCCUCCGGUUUCACAGCUGUAUCAUUUGAACUUCCAAUACAACAUUUUGAAUAUCCUCUACCCGAACUCUUUCCCUAACUUCACCCACGCUGUGUCACUGCAACUUGGCAACAACAACCUCCAAAAUAUCGAAGGAGGAGCGUUUUCCGGGAUGAGUUCUUUAAAACAGCUGCAUUUGAACAACAACGAGCUAAAGGUGCUGCGGGCGGACACGUUUAUCGGAGUGGAGAACUUGGAAUACCUCCAGGCUGACUACAACUUGAUUAAAUACAUCGAGAAAGGAGCGUUCAACAAACUCCAUAAGCUGAAAGUGCUUAUCCUCAAUGAUAAUCUAAUACAAGCGCUGCCUGAUAACAUAUUUCGGUUUGCGUCGCUAACACAUCUGGAUAUAAGAGGGAACAGGAUCCAAAAACUACCUUACAUAGGAGUUUUAGAGCACAUUGGCCGCAUUGUUGAACUGCAGUUGGACGAUAACCCUUGGAAUUGUACCUGUGACUUAGCUCCACUCAAAGCAUGGCUCGAAAAUAUGCCGUAUAACAUUUUUAUCGGGGAAGCUGUUUGUGAAACGCCAAAUGAUCUGUACGGGAGGCUACUGAAAGAGACCAAUAAACAAGAACUGUGCCCAAUGGGAACUGCUAGCGACUUUGAUGUGAGGAUGCCGCCUUUGCCAGGUGAUAACGGGCCUUCCAAAAUGUCCCCCACAACUAUAUUGCCAAUGGCUACAAAGUCACCUAAAACAACAGACUCUUCUAAAAUCUACGGUAACGGUAUCGUGGCUGGAUUACCGCCAUUCGGAAGAAAUAGCCAAAUUGUUUCCUUUCAAACCCGGACGCCACCUAUAAUGUGCCCACAACCUUGUAGCUGCAAGGCGCAUCCAUCAGAUUUUGGUAUUAGCAUCAGCUGUCAAGAACGAAACAUCAAAACGUUAGCAGAUCUUAUGCCCAAGCCUCCAAAUGCUAAAAAACUGCACUUAAGUGGGAAUUACAUCCGAGAUAUAAGCCCUAAUGAUUUCCAGGGGCUUGAAGGACUUGACCUUCUCCAUCUUGGCAGUAAUCAAAUUGUAACUGUCCCGAAUCGUGUUUUUGCCAACCUUACCAACUUACGGAGACUGUAUUUAAAUGGAAACCAGCUAGAACAGUUGCAUCCUGAAAUGUUUUUGGGUCUGACAAACUUGCAGUAUCUAUAUCUGGAGUACAAUGCCAUUAAAGAAAUCCUAGCUGGAACUUUCGACUCAAUGCCCAAUCUACAGCUCCUAUAUCUCAACAAUAACGUAUUACGGAGCUUGCCUGCUUACGUAUUCGCUGGUGUACCAUUGGCGAGGCUAAAUUUGAAAAACAACCACUUCAUGACACUACCUGUGAGUGGAGUGUUGGACCAAUUGCAAUCUUUGACCCAAAUAGACUUAGAGGGAAACCCAUGGGACUGUUCGUGUGAUUUGGUCGCCCUGAAACUCUGGCUGGAGAAGCUAAACGAUGGAGUAGCGGCCAAAGAGGUGAAAUGUGCCUCACCUGUGCAGUUUUCUAACACAGAACUAAGGAAUUUGAAAAGUGAAAUCUUUUGUCCAAAGCUGAUCCAUAGGCGACCGUUCAUUCUAACCAGCGCUACUCCAGUUUUGACCUCCUCCUCCCCUGCGGGAGUCGGAAAAGCAGCCAAUGGCGGACCUGUCCCACUGUCUAUAAUGAUCCUAAGCAUUCUCGUCGUGCUUAUAUUAACUGUUUUCGUGGCCUUUUGUCUAUUGGUAUUUGUGUUAAGGCGGAAUAAGAAACCAGCUGGGAGACAAGAAGGACUAGGUAAUCAAGAGUGUGGGUCGAUGUCACUGCAACUUCGCAGGCAUAACCAUAAAUCCGGGAAAAAAUGUGCGAUUCCCGGUGAUGACUUGGGAGGAGAGACGUUUAUCCCGCAAACUAUCGAGCAUAUCGGGAAGAGCCACACGUGCGGUAUUGGCCGGAAUUCCGAUUUAGAUGCAGGGUUCAAGUUUGCAGAUUCGCAGAGGCAAAAGAUUAUCCUACGAAACUGUGACAAGGAUAAGGACGCUUUAUCAACUUUGGAGCGAAACAAAAGACUCAGCACCAUCGACGAACUGGAGGAGUUUCUUCCCAACAGAGAACCGAGCAUGUUUAUUCAAAAUUUCCUGGACAGAAAAAGCGAUUUCAACAGUAUAGGGAUGGGAGGGUACGAAAUACGCUAUCCAGAUAGUAGAAGUUUGGAUAGAAAGAUGAAAAAGACGUCGCUAAUCGGAGGCAAUCAUAGCAAGAUUGUGGUGGAACAGAGGAAAAGUGAGUAUUAUGAGUUAAAAGCCAAGCUCCAAGGCACACCGGACUACCUACAGGUGCUAGAGGAGCAGACUGCAUUGAGUAAAAUGUAAGGAUGCUAUUUUUGUUUUUAAUUUCGUCCAUUGGUUCCAUGCGGGCAGACAGAAAGCCAAAGUCAUCUGUCUUUUCAAGCUUGAUUUGCUUCUCCCCCUCUCUCUCUUUUAGCCACACAAACAUAUCAUUCAACCCUCCUCCUCCUCUCCCUCCUCCUUCGUCUCCUUCGCUUUGGGUCUCUAUCUCUCUCCCACACAUAGCAAAAAAAGUGCCUUCUGGGAAUCCUUAAUGACCAAUGCAGAGAUGGACGAAAUGGCUCCACACACUUCAAAGCUAGCACUCGAAUCAGCGUGGACAUAUUUGCAAUUUAAAGACCUAUUCUGGAUUAUUCACCGUGAAUCAUACCACGUGCUUUCAUACAAUAGGGACCGGACAGCGACUAUACAGACUAGUAAAUUUGCUGCUAUAAAAAUAUUUCAUUUUGUUUUUUGUUUUUGGCUCAUUUCUUUCCCAACCAAAUUCAACCGCAAGGGUCUUGAAAAACAGUGCUUGAGAAAAUACCUCGCCAUUUUCAACAUUUAUUUUUUUCCCAAAAGAUUUCAAACAAUUGGUCUAUUUUUGCUUUAUGAAAGUUGUGCUCAGUCCUAGUUGCGAAGGUUAUGGAUACUUUGCUGUAAUCCGUAUGCAUUUGGGAUUUCUGCAUAGACUCUUUGACUUUUUUAUGGAUUCAAAAUGCUAGUGGUACUUCAUUUGGAAAAAGGCAACAAGGCACCGCUAUUAGGAAUGAUUUCUUGAUGUUUUUUUGUGUAAAGAGCCAUGUUAAAUAUAGUGUCUUCUGAAUGGUGUUUCUCUUCAAAAGUUCAAAAAACUGUUUUGGGUGAGAUAUUAUAUAAUGGCACAUUCACUGUCAGAGGACUUAUUUCUGAAGAAAAAGUUGAAAAAAUGUAAUUAAAAAACUAUAUUACUAAAGCUGCUUGCCAUGUAAGCGUAAACCUGGAAAUUUAUUUUGUAUGUCUUACAUUAUUUGUAUUUGUGGGACUGGUUUGUAAAUUACAAGAUGAAACAUUUAACGGACUUGAAAUGGUAUAAUCCUAAUCCCAACCCCUAUGGUCAGAUCCGUAGUCCAAAAUGCAGACAUAGUUGCUUUAUUUUUCUAUACGAGAUUAUUUAAACAGUAUUUGGUUUCACUUAAAGGUGCACUAUGUAACUUUUCUGGUGGACAGUCCACCAUCUCCUUGUCUCUAUGGAAAUUAGGUCUGUAGUCAAUUAAAGAAAUAAGGGGCAUGGCAAAAGCUCUCAAAACUAUUACAUAUCUUUGUUUAUGAGAUCCGAAGUGCACUCACAAGACCACACAUGCACGGGAGUUCAUGCAAAAACAACAAUUUAUGCAGAAUAAAGUAGAAGGAAGACAAAUUAAGCUUGUGAAUCAUGAAUCUGCCUUUUUAGAUAUAAAUACCAACGAAACCCAGAUCAUCAGUGAACUCACUAACUUCUCCUUUCUGUUGUUGUCCCAUAUAAAUCCUUAUAAUCUCAAUAAAAGUAGUCGUCGUCUAAUACAAAUUUUGGUUGACUAAAGCUCCGCCAACCGAUUAAUCGACUCAAUGACUAAAGGCCUGCAAACCUAAUGAAGACGUUACUGCUUUUUAUGGGAUGUUCCAAAGUACAUCUCAAUCUUGCAUUUAUUCUGAGACUUUUAUUUAUUUAUUUAUUUUUUAUUACUUAGUUGAAAAAACAGAUCUGACCUGUAACUUGGCCUCAUCACCUGCUUAUCUCUAUGGCGAUAAAUAAUACUGUGGAACCUUUUUUGGCAAGGCAGUAACAUCUCCAUUGAGGCAAGCAUGUUAGUGGACCCUACAGCAGAAAAGUUACACAGUGCAACUUUAACAGCAGAGAGAAAAGGAUUGUAUCAGGCAUCAAACUGGGACUGUCAGCUUUGUUGUUCUCAGUGGAAUUCGACCCGAGUGGCGUGAGCGAACAAGAGUUGGUUGUGAAACGUGAUAUUUUCCUUUUUUUUUAUUGCAACCUUAAGCCUAAUCUAGUCCUGGCAGUUCCUUUAUUAUUACUAUUAUCACCACUACUCUUAUAUCUCUGCCAAUUAUCUUGUUCAAGGUUAUGCAACCAAAAUAUAUGUGCAUUCAACUCAAUAUGGUUCUGCAUUGCUGGGAUGGGAAUUGUUCAAAAUUACGAAAUUGAGAAUCAUAUCCAUGUGCAAUAUAUGCUUCAAUUCAUUUUUGUUUUAUUUAUUUAAUUUCAAGCUUUUUUCACAAAUUUUGUUGAACUAUCCGGUCCUUAUUUAAAAGAGUAUUGUUAAGUUAAAACUAUGAGUGUUUAUUGACAUUUCAAUUGAAUAGAAUGUAUCUUGGAAAGUAUAAUAAAUACAGUUUUCUAUCAGUCAU